GGGCCCCUCAAACAGAUUCCCAUGAACCUCUUCAUCAUGUACAUGGCUGGCAAUACCAUUUCCAUCUUCCCUGCUAUGAUGGCGUGUAUGAUGGCCUGGCGACCCAUUCAAGCACUUAUGGCCAUUUCAACCACUUGCAAGAUGCUGGAGAGUUCAAGUCAGAAGUUUCUUCAAGGUUUGGUCUAUCUCAUUGGGAACCUGAUGGGUUUGGCAUUGGCUGUUUACAAGUGCCAGUCCAUGGGACUGUUGCCUACACAUGCAUCAGAUUGGCUAGCCUUUAUUGAGCCCCCUGAGAGAAUGGAGUUCAGUGGUGGAGGAUUACUUCUGUGAACCCAAGAAAGCACCAUGUAUAUGGACCUCAUUUGCAUUUUAAGCUGUUGACACCUAAACAUCCUCACU